CAUCUUACUGAAUUUUUAUCUGGUUUUGUAGUGUUUUUAGUGGAGGGAUUUUGUUUGACGGAAAGAUAGAAGAAGCUUGAGUUAUGGCGGUGAUGCCCGUGGACCCUUUACCGGUCGGAUACAGGUUCCGGCCGACGGAUGAGGAGCUGAUCGAUCAUUAUCUGAGGCUGAAAACAAACGGACGUGAAAAAGAAGUUAAUAUUAUACGUGAAAUUGAUAUUUGUAAAUUGGAGCCUUGGGACUUGCCUGAUUUAUCUGUGAUAAAAUCGACCGACAAUGAGUGGUUUUUCUUUUGCCCGAAGGAUCGUAAGUAUCAGAAUGGUCAGAGGUCGAACCGGGCUACUCAAAAAGGUUUCUGGAAAGCAACCGGCAACGAUAGGAAAAUAAAUUCUAAGAACGGAGUAACAAUUGGGAUGAAAAAAAGUCUAGUUUUCCAUGAGGGUCGUGCUCCGGAGGGCAAGAGGUCUAAUUGGGUGAUACAUGAGUAUCGAGCUAUAGAAAAGUCACUCGAUGGCACUCAUCCUGGUCAGGGUUCGUUUGUGCUCUGCCGCCUUUUUAAAAAGCCUGACAUCAAACAAGAAUAUAACACUGAAAGUCCAAACAUUGAUGAAUGUGAAGAGAUUAUACCAUCUCCAUCUUCUACUAUAGUCAGACAUUUUGCUGAAGAUGAACAAUUCAAAUCAAUUACUCCAGCAGCGAGUCGCCUGGCUGAAAGCCGUAUCACCUUAAAUUCUGAGAAAGCAACAAGUGACACUCCUAUACCUCUUGACCGUGGGGAUGCCAGCUUCAUUGCUGAUGGUCACAUGCUGGACCCAAUAUAUAUUCCACCUGACCCAGAGCUGGAAAAAGCAUUGGAUAGUUUUUACCCUACAUAUCCAGAGCCAUUGGAUCCAAAAAUCUUCUCCCCAUUGCACUUGGAAACCAACUUUGGAAAUUCUUAUUUGGAUAAACACUUCUGCGAUAACAUCAACAGUGAUGAUAGAGAUAACCCAAUUCAAUAUGGAACAAAUGAUGCUCAUAUUUGGGAGUUCUUGAACUCGUCUCUUGUCUAUUCAGAUGAGCAUCCCUAUGAGGAUUAUGCAAUGUCAACCCUCGAAAGCCCAAUAUACUUUAACGCAUCGGAAUUAAUUAAGGAUAUUGAUUCAUGUAGUGGAUCUGACCAGUUACAGCUUGGACAGCAUGAUGUUCUGCAUAUGCAAAGUGACUUGGGUAUGGAAACUAUCCAACCAGAGCCUCUGUCACAGCAAGACAUCACUUUCAAAAUGACCAGUGCUGGGCAAAAUACUCACAGCAUGCCUCAAGUCAGCGAUCAUUUUCAGCGCAGUUAUCUAGCACCGAAUACUUUCUCAAGCGUCUCUGCUGGCAAUCAGAUACCUAAAAUAUUAAACACUACAGAUGAACCAGGUGGGUCUAGCAACCUAGUGGCCACUGACAGAACUGUUGGAACUGGAAUCAGGUUAAGGACUCGGGAAACUUCGAAUCAAGCUAAUGCUAUGAAGUUUCUAUCACAUGAAACUGCCUCUAGAAGAAUUCGCCUUCAGAUGAGAUGGCAAGAUGUACCAGUUCAGUAUGGUCUGCCUCAGGAUUCAAAGAAUACUGACGUAAACCUUGAAAAAAAGGAAUUGGCAGAGACUGAGUGGGUUGUGCAGGAUUGCAAAGCUACUAAUGUUGAUACCUUGGAUGAGUCAAAGGAUAUAGAUUUCAACAAAAAAAUCAUAGAUGGACAAUCUCAUGACUCGAGCACAAGUGUGAUGGCUCAACCUGUUUUACAAGGUAACAACUCUGAAGAUGUUAUUUCUGUCGGCUUGAAAUGUGCAGUUGCGAGUUCAGUUUCAUCAUCUGUCUACAUGCCAAUGGUAGUUGUGGCCAUGAGUCUUCUCAUCAUUCUUGUAGGCGUUUGGGGAUACUUUAAAUUUUGAAUGAACUUGAGAAAGAGAGCUGCCUUUUUUGUACAUGACUUCUUUCUUAUCUGAUAAAGAUUAAGAAGGGCUUGUUUGUUAUAUCUUUUUUUCUUUUUAAUUUGUCUUGAGUGCUAUGGGUAUAUCUUGUAUAGCAGGAAUAAUUCUAUAUGAAGAAUUUGUCUUGAGUGCUAUUAGGAUAUCUUGUAGAGCAGGAAUAAUUUUAUAUGAAGAAUUUGUUUUAACAAGCUUGUUUUAAUUGUA